AUGACAAGGAAGUACAUGCUCGUAAGCCUGCUGUUAGCAUCAGGACUCGUGCUCCUGAUUAUACUGUUCGCUGGCCCGACAGCCGAGGAAGCGCAUCAGCUUCGGCGGGUCGCGGUGCGUGCAUCAGCGGCUAACAAUCUUGCAAGUGACCUGCAGGCCUUGCAGCCGGGAAGUAGCCUAGCCAUCGACAGGCCGACGAGGAUACUUAACUUUACAGACUUUCGUCUCGUGCUUGAUGCCAAGUGCAACCACUUGGGCGAGGAAAAUGUCGAGGAUUGGCAGGUCGACAGCGGUGGCACGGCUAAGGCCGUCUGGAUAAUCACCUCCUACGCUGGCGACACUUCCAAGAGAAGUGCUCUGAGACGCGCCUACACCAGUGAAGAGCUUAAGCAGCUCGGGGUCCGAAGAAUCUUUUUGCUGGGUAGCCUGGACGACAACGCGAAGAUAAAGACCGGAGUCACUCAGGAAGCUAUUGAAAAUGAGGCACACAGGUAUCGAGACAUUGUGCAGGGAAACUUUGUCGAGGCUUACAGGAAUCUGACGUACAAGCACCUCAUGGGCUUACAGUGGGCUGCCGAGAGGUGUGGAGACAGCUACUCGCUGAUCAUGAAAAUGGAUGAUGAUAUUGUUGUCAAUUUGUACGAGGCAAUGGACCUGCUGACAAACAAGUACAACACCAAUUUCCAGGAAGAUUUUUUGAUAGGUUACGUCAUGGAGAACAUGAGUCCUGUGAGAAAUACAGCUAGCAAAUGGUUUGUAAAAGAGGAGGAAUUUCCAAACGAAGUCUAUCCAGAUUUUUUGUCUGGUUGGUUUUAUGCCAUUGAUAUACGGGCAGCCUUGAAACUGAUUUACCAAAGUAAGCAUCACUUCAACUACUUUUGGAUUGAUGAUCUAUUUGUCACAGGCAUUUUAAGGGAAGAAAUUGGGAUCCAGAAUUUCAUCAACAUCAAAGAUUUGUUUACAACUGACUACAGAUUUUUAGAAUGUUGUCUCAAGUAUACAGAAAGUCAGCCUAAGUAUAAAUGCGAUUUUAUCUUUGGUCCGGAUGGUGCACAGAAAGAUUUAGUGCUUACUUUCAAAGAGUACAGCAAAGACUGUUAUCAGAGAUACAAUUGCACGAGACGUCCUAAAGAGCAGUUACUCAAAAAUAAAUGUAUUUUAAAUUACAAGAAUAUAAAUCUUGCUACAGGAAGGGCCCAGAUCGAAUCAUUAGCAUAG